GUCGGAAUGUCAAAUUCCAUGCACUUCAUUUGAGCAUUGAAAAAUUUCUUCAUUUUUCUACUUUUCGUCGGCGUUGGAUUGUUUUAUUUUUUAAUAGCCAAUUUUGUGAUAGAGAACAAUCGACUGAUUGCCUGGAAUUUGUUUACACAUUCAUUUCACAAUAAACAUUGAGACUUAAAUUAUUACGACAGCUCGCACGAAUGAGCGGCAUUCGUACAAAACCAGACACAUGUGCUGUUAAAUAAAAUAAUGAACCCACAGCAUUUGAAUUUUAACCACAAUCCAGCAACAUUUCAUCAAGAAAAACAAAAAUGGGAAAACGCAAUCAGCAACUAUCAAGGUUCAGAUCCGCUGGAACUAUGGUAUGAAUUUAUUUGCUGGUACGAACAAAACAUUCAACUCGAUCAUGAACGUUUGUUCGAAACCGUUUUGGGCAAGUGUUUGUCUCUUUAUGAGACGCAACAGCAUUACAAACAGGACCAGAGGAUGGUUAAACUUUGGAUGAAAUAUAUUGGGCUAAAGAAUAAUCCACUGCAAUUGUAUCAGGUGCUUUACCAACGUGGUAUUGGUACCCAGUGUGCUAUAUUCUAUAUUGGAUGGGCACACUAUUACGAUUCAGCCAAUGCAUUCAAACAAGCCGAAUCCGUGUACAAUUUGGGAUUUCAAGCGAACGCACAACCGUACGAUGCGCUUGAACAAGCCCAUAAGGAAUUUCGGUAUUCACUUUCCCAACGAAUGCUGUAUAAUGAUCAGCAAUCGAAAAAACGAACCGUAAAUCAAUUGAAUGAUCAACGGCAACAAUUAACCUCAUUAAAUCCAUCAAAUUCAUCGCCAAAUGUAUCGAAUUUUCAACAUGCACAAAAUAAUUAUACGCCACCUCCAUCAAUGAAUCAACAGCAAAACUCCACCUAUGUUCAGCCGCCGACGCCAUCACAACAACAACAGCAACAGCAACAAGAGGCGCCAUCACAGCAACAGACAGUCCCACAGAUGCCACCUCAGCAGCAGCAGCAGACGCCACAGCAGCAGACGCCACAGCAAAAUCAACAGCCGAAUGCGUAUGCCAAUCAGCCGACCAUGCAACCAACGUACCAAGGCUUUGCCGCACCUGUCGAUGAACAGCAACCACCAGCCAAAAAAUUCCGUUGUUCAGAAGAACAACGUACAAGUACUUACAAUAGGAAUUACAACAAUUAUCCGGCGCAAUCAACAGAACAGGUAGAUUUUAAUCGAAAAAAUGGAACCGAUUUUAAUAAUCAAUAUGGGACAGGCGAAGCGAAAGUCAAUAGCAGCGACGAAUUGAAUAGCACGAGUACGGCUUGUGCGAUUGCAUCGUCAUUGAAUUCGGUGUAUAGCGGUGACGAGGACGGUUCAGAAGACUAUGGAGGUUAUAAUAAUGGCUACAACAAUGCUCAAACAAAUGUAGUUGAAAGUACCAAAUAUACCGAUGAAACAUUGACUUAUACUACGACCAAUGUAUCGACGACCAUUGAACAGAAUUCACUACCUGGAGGCUGUGUGUUACCACCAAAUUUCGCUCGAUUUUCGAAGAACCAUCAUGAACCAUGGACUUGGCCACUUGCCCUCGAAGAACCUGAUACAAACAAGAUUUGUAAAUAUCCACGAUAUCUGGUGUAUCCAGGAAAUGGAUGCGAAUACAGCUUAGAGGAGAUUCGAGCUCGAAAUCAUACCAAAGUAAUUGAAUCAAUCAAAGCUAGAAAUCGUCAACGAGAAUUUGCACAACAACAUAUGAAGAUGAAUCAAAUGCAACAUCAACAUUUAAAUCAGCAAAGAUAUGAAUUGCAACAGCAACCACAACCACAGCCACAGCAACAACAACCAACACCAGCAGCACCGCUUCAGAGAUAUGAGCAACAAAUGCAACAACAGCAGCUACAGCAUCAUCAACAACAGCAGCAACAACGACAACAGCAACAACAACAGCAGCAGCAACAACAGCAACAACAACAUAUAAUGCGACAACAGAGCUAUGAAGAGCAACAGGCACUUGAGAGACGACGGGCCGAACUGGAACGAGAAAGAAUUAUGAAAGAACGUGAACGAAAUCGAUUGGCAGCAUUGGAAAGCAUGCAGCGGGCUAAAGAAGAGGAACAGCAACGCCGAUUGGCUGAACAACAAAAAAUGCAUCAAAUGCAAGAGCAAACGGCUUUUGCACAACAGCAAACCAAUCGGUAUCAUGCUCAGCCGAAUCAAAAUCCAUCUCAUCCUGUAAAUAAUCAUUCGGGCUACUAUGAACAAAAUCAGUCAUCGGUAUAUAACAAUUAUGUCAAUUAUCAAGUGCCGAAUCAUCAAAAUAGUUCACCAGUUCCAUAUCAACAAAUGCAACCCAUGCAACAACAGAUACCACCUCUUCAGCAGGUGCAACAGCCAUAUUACAAUCAAAAUCAUAUGUCACCACAGCCAUCGAUGCACUAUCAACCACAGCAACAGGUUGAUCAUCAUCAGACUGACAUAUAUCGAUCCCAACAAUCUCGUUAUCCACUGGCACCUCCGCAACAAAUGCCCACGCAACAACAUAUACCAAAUAUGAUGGCCGCAACACCACCACCACCACCAUCAUCAUCAUCAGCGAUGCAUAUGCAAUACCAUCAAGAUUCCACCUAUCAAUCUCAACCAGCGUAUGCCCCACAAGCGCAAAGAACUCAUGAAUACAACCAAUACCAAAAUCAAACUCAAUCAUCGUCUACUGCAACAACGAUGACCACAUUAACCACGGUACCAAUCGAAACUCAUUUGAAUGGCAAUUAUGAUGGUCAAAGUCGUGAAAUGCAUGGGCCGUCGGUGACCGAGACCAAGACUGUGAAUAGCUAUGCAGACGAUAUUGAAGAGCAAAUCGAAGCAUCAACAAUUGUGCUUAAAAAUGGUUCCGAUAAAUUGCCGAAAAUCACACUAAAAUAUAGCAAAGAAAAAGCUGAAUAUGAAGCGUUACAACCAGUGCCUCCAUCGACGAUUUCAAAAACGCCAAAAACGAGGAAAUCGAAGAAACCAAAAUCAGGUGAUAAAAGUCGAACGGCCAUUAAAACUGGCCUUGAUAGUGAAUCCGAAAAUUCAACAUUCAUGGCCAAUGAAGAAUUUACCGAAUCAAAUGAUUCACUUCUAGAUUCAUUUUCAACGCCAAGUCUUCUUACAAACAAAUUAACCAAAACGAAAAAAUCAAAAACCAAAACACCGAAAUUCGAACCAACCUAUUUACAAGACGAUGAUUCGUGCUCAAAUUCUGAUUUCAACACGCUUUAUGGCAAAUUCAGUAAUGAAACAACCGAUGGUACUGCAAACGGAACGGGAAGAAAUACUCGUUUCAAUUUUAAUGGUGCUACAUCGACACCAAUUCGUAACAAUAAUAAUAUAAACAACUAUCAAUCGCCAUGUUCAUCGGCUAAGCCCAGUUACAAGAGCAAUGAAUCAUCAUCAAAAUCGUCAACGCCACGAAAUACAUACAAAUCGCUGAGAAGGCGAACAUCGAAUUUAUCACUAUUUAAUAGUACAUUGAAUGAAAAUGAUGAUUCGAUGACAUCAUUUUCAAUGGUUGAACCGAAUAGUUUCUUUGAAGUUGAAAGCAACGAAGAACUGUAUCAACAACGAUUGGAUAAAGCCUUGAAGACAAUUGAUACACACUACAAAAAGGAUCACAUUGAUCCAUUCAAUUCUGAGCUGUGCAAAGCAUUUUUGACCAAAGCCAAUUUCCCGUCGAGAGAGCACACCGAAUUCUAUAAGAUAUCAAAUAGUCACAUAUCGAAGCUAUCGAACACGAAAUCAGUUACAAUUGGUGACAUUCGUUUCAAUGUGGAAAAGGAAAUUGGACGCGGCGCAUAUGGUAAUGUGUAUCGUGGAGUUAAUGCAAAUACCAGCGAUGUUGUUGCGUUAAAAUAUCAAAAACCACCAAAUACAUGGGAACUGUAUAUUUGCUUUGAAGUUCAUCAACGAAUAAAAAAUAAGAAAUUGUUGCUCGGCUUUAUGGAUAUAUCAUCGGCAAUAAUUGCACCAAAUGCCAGCAUUUUUGUAUCGGAAUUUUCACAAUUUGGUUCUUUGCUCGACAUAAAUAAUCGCAUCCGCCAAUCAACUACCAAGGUGAUGCACGAAAGUCUUGUGAUGCAUUUCACCAGCCAAAUAUUGAACAUAGUUCAUUAUUUGCAUACCUGUAAAAUUAUCCACGGAGACAUCAAGCCGGAUAACUUUUUGUUGAUGAAAGUACCGAAUCCAAAUUCUGAUGCGCCAACCUUGAGAUUGAUUGACUUUGGUUGCGCCAUUGAUAUGAAGUUCUUUGAGGUAAACACUCAAUUCAAAAAGGUAAUCCAAACUGAUGGUUUCACGUGUCCCGAAAUGUUGGAGGGCCGUCCAUGGUCCUAUCAAACGGAUAUCUUCUGUGUGGCCGGAACGAUCCAUGUCAUGCUCUUUGGCGAAUACAUGCAAAUGGUGAAGAAAUUCAAUCAAUACGAAAUAAAACAAAAGUUGCCACGGUACCUGAAAAAACACAUAUGGACAGAGUUCUUUUCAACGUUCCUGAACAUAAAAGAUGUGAACAGUCUACCAAAUCUGUUAAAAAUGAAAGAAAAAAUCGACGCUGAAUUAGAUAGCAUGGAAUCCGACCUGCAAUCGCAAAUCCGAACUUUAUCAAAUAUUUUAUAUAAACGAUAAAGGCGAUAGUUCUCAACUAACUUUUCCAAAUCUGAAUAAAUUAAACAACGCGACGAAAAAAAUUCUAAAAGAAAUGUUUGUACAGAAAUUCAAACAUGACCACUGUAAUAUAUUUUACUUGAGGCUUUUAUAUGAACUGAUAAAAAAAUCAUUCACCAAUCAUAGUAGUGUAUUUUGUUUAAAGCUUCAUUUUCUAUCCAAUAUAGUCAUUUUAAACCACAUUCUAUUUAUUUAACGCCGUUUAUGAAAUACGGUAUGAAAAUGGCUAAAAUUCAAUUUAAUUUCGACAUUUGAGAUCUAUUUUCCACUUUGAUAUAGUUAUUAUUAGACAAUUAAUUUGCUUGAAAUGAGCGAGAUUCGAUCUUAUCAAGAAAAUAGAAUUCAAAUAUUCAUUUGUAAUUUAGCCAAAAUAAAAACAAAAAAAAUUAACCACAUAAUUGUCAAAUUGGAAGAAAAUUUAAAUAUUUUUUUUGUCUAGUAAAUAAAUUCUAUAUUUAUUUUAUUAUAAAAAGUGAGUCCCCCCGUUUGACUGUGUAAUCUGAUAUACAUUUAAGUUUUGCUUUUCGAAUUGAUCCAAUAUUGACAAAACAAAUGAACGCACAAUAUUUUUGUGGAAAAAAAUUGCUGCCAGUCAAGAUACUUUGCGAGUUGGUUUCAAUAUAGAAUAAGGGAUGGGAUUUUUUUUUCUGGAAUCUGACAACAAUUUUGAUUUGAUUUAAUUUGAUAAAUGAAUUGGUCAGAAUAAAAAUCCGACUUGUACGCAGAGUCUAUAA